AUGGCAACCACCCCUACGGCCAGUACAGAAGAGGUUUACCUGUUCAACCGCAAUGGCUUUGAAAGGCAAAGCGAAUCCAAGACUGAUACGUGCUAUACCGUCCAUGACAUUUUAGAGCCGUUUCCAAAUAAGUUCCAUAACCCCUACGAUGUGGUCCAUGUUAGAUUGAUGGUGUUGGCGGUCAAGAAAGAUGAUAUCCGGGUGGCGGCUAUGAAUGUUGCUGCAUUGUUGAAGAUCGAGACGCGAGAUCUCUCUUUCAACCCUCCUUCGGAAACCACGACCAAAGUCAGAGAGAUCAUGCGUGCUUCCUCUAUAGCGUCCGAACUCACGAAUGCUCCGUCCAUUAAAAUUGAGCAAGCCUUCAAAGAGCUGGGGCUGGUAGACGUCAUCGUGGAGGAUUAUAACUCUAUCAACAGACUGGACCUCGUCAAUCAUGUGCGGGAGUGGACAAAGGCCGGCGCAAAGGCUGCAUUAUAUUAUGCUCUACUGAGAGGUCAAACUGUCAAAAAUGAGGAAGAAGCACGGAGCGCGUCUGCUCGACUUUGGGAAGCGUAUGCUGCGCAGAUUGAUGGGGGGGGGGGGGUUGUGCCCAGCAUACCGCUGAAGAUGAUCUUAGGCAGGAAGGUCUCUGGCAGUGCUUCUUAG